ACUGCUUGGCGCGGGUUGGCGAGUGUCGCAGCUUCCUUGGCGCCGUGGCCAUGGGGACGCCUCCGGGCCUGCAGACGGACUGCGAGGUGCUGCUCGGCCGCUUCCAGGAGACGAACAGCGUGGGCUUCGAGGGCUUCGCGGAGCUCUGGAGGAACAUGAAGUUUGCGACCAUCUUCUCUGGCAAAAUGAGAAACUUAGAAAAGAACACAUUUACGAAAGAAGCGUUAGCUUUGGCGUGGCGAUACUUUUUACCUCCCUACACCUUCCACAUCAGGGUUGGUGGUUUAUAUCUGCUGUAUGGAUUCUAUAAUACCCAACUGUGUCAACCAAAACAAAAGAUCAGAGUUGCCCUAAGGGAUUGGGAUGAAGUUUUAAAAUUUCAGCAAGAUUUGAUAAAUGCACAACAUUUUGAUGCAGCUUACAUUUUUCGGAAGCUACGUCAAGAGAAAGCAUUUCACUUUACAGCAAUGCCCAAAUUGCUGUCAUAUAGAAUGAAGAAAAAAAUUCAGCGAACUGAAGUUACAGAAGAAUUUAAGGACACAUCUGAUCGUGUUAUGAAACUUAUCACUUCUGAUGUAUUAGAGGAAAUGCUGAAUGUUCAUGAUCAUUAUCAGAAGAUGAAACGUAAAAUUUUAGCUGAUAACUCCCAGCAAGAAAAAGCCGUCAGCUUGAUAAAGGAUGAUUUUUUUGACAAAAUUAAGAACAUAGUUUUGGAACAUCAGCAGUGGCAGGAAGACAGGAAGAAUCCACCCCUAAAACCUAAAGAUGGAGAAGAAACAAGGGAGGAGCGUUCACAAGAGACAGAGAGAUGUGAAAGGGCAGAAUCAUUAGCAAAAAUAAAAUCUAAGGCCUUUUCGUUCGUUGUUCAGGCAUCGAAGUCAAGAAGGCAUCGUCAGGUGAAACUCGACUCUUCUGACUCCGAUUCUGCAUCAAAUCCAGGACAGACCCAAGCAGCUAAGAAGAAAAGAAGCAGACAGACAUUGAAAUCAGCAGGAAAGAAGGCGCCCUCCAGGAACAAAGGCCACGAGCGGAGCACACGUAAGGAGGAGAAGUCUUUACGUCUGAGCAUGCCUGUCAUUAAAGAGGAGGAGGAGAAUGGAAGCUGCAGUGAACAAGAGUUCACCGUGCCCAAGAGGAGAAGAAGAUACUGAGUAACGGCCUGGUGUGCAGGGGAGGGCGUUGUGGCACAGCGCUGCACUGACACCCACGUCUGGUUCACGGACUGCUGCUUCACUUCCGAUCCAGCUCCCUGCUGAUGUGCCCAGGAAGCAGCAGAGGAUGGCUCAAGAACUUGAGUUCCUGUCACCCACCUGGGAGACCCGGAUGGAGUUCGCGGCUUUUGGCUUCACUGACCCAGCUCUGGCUGUUGUAGCUAUUUGGGAAGUAAAUAAGCAAAUGUAAGAUAUCUCUCUCUCUCUCUCCCCCUCCCUCCCUCCCUCUCCCUCUCCCUCUCCCUCUCCCUCUCCCUCUCCCUCUCCCUCUCCCUCUCCCUCUCCCUCUCCCUCUCCCUCUCCCUCUCCCUCUCCCUCUCUCUCUCUCCCUCUCCCUCCCUCUCCCUCCCUCCCUCUCUCUCUCUCUCUCUCUCAAUUGUGUGUGUGUGUGUAUCUGUCUCCUCUAUCCCUCUGACUUUCAAAUAAUAAACAAACCUCUACUUUAGAAAAACAGCAUGAUGUGAAGUUUUUAAUUUUGAGCUAUCUGACAGGAAAAGAUAUUUAUUUUCUACAUUGAAGAAUAAGACUGCCAGUAUUAAAAAGUAUUCUUCUGGGAAACUAGGUUAUUUCUUUGAAAUAGCAAAAACUUAACACUGUUAUAAAGUGUGAAAGGUUAGAAAGUAACAAUUUACUGUGAAAUUUAAUAUUUAAUAAACGGAUAUUUGAUUAAAUUAUAAUAAAUGGAGAUAAAGUAUAUGUUUAGAAUGCAAUAGAUACAUUAUUUAUAGAUUAGUAUUUAUCUUUUGGUAAUACUGUACUGUCUCAAUAUAACACUGGCAUUUGUAUCUGAAACCUCUUUUCUAGAAAAGUUAAUGUCUGUUACAUGUAAGUGACUAUUUUGUGUUGACACUGACAGUGUGUUUGCUGAUGUAUAUUUGCCAUUUUGUAUAAUGUGUGGUAACGUUCUAUAAGUUUUUGCCUUAUUUGCUCUGUUUAUUAAGAUGUCAAACUUUAUGUAAUGGACAGAAAGUUCGUAACACAUUUUCUACUUCUGCAGUUACCCUUUAUUGUUUUCAAGCUCCACUUACUCUAGUAUGUAUGUAUAUAUACAUGUCUGAACAAAUGUAUGUUUGUGUCCAUAUAUACUGGGAUGUUAUAAGAUUUGUCAGUAAAUUGUGUACGUACAGUACCUACACACUGAUGAUCUUCAGUCAGUCCUUUCUAAGAUGAGCAAUGUAACUCUCAGAAUGUGCCCUUUGUACUCACAGGAAAAAUGACAGUCUCAUGAGUGUGCCUCCACUAAUUUCUCAUUCUAGACAUUUGAAUGGAGAUUGCGUGAGCCCAGUUAGAAUUGCUGUCAGUAGCAGUCAUCUCCAUAUCACGUGGUUGGCUCAGCCUCUCUUAUCAUAAGCCAUUUUCCAGCAUUAUUUAUAAAAUUCAGGAAUUUAAUCUCUGGGUUGAAGAUUUAAUCCAAAUCUGCCAAUGUCCUGUGAUUGAAAAUAUGUGAUAGCACUGUAUAUAAUCUUAAAAUACUAACGUUUGGCCCAAAUAAAAAAAUUUACUAAAAUGCAUGCCAUCACAUUAUGUAUUAAAAGCAGUGUAU